CCGUUACUUAUCCCGUAUUAUGGAAUAUAGCGAGGAAAUUUUUAAUUUCCUUUCCAUCGUCAUACCUAGUGGAAAAAGGUUCAGCGCUGUUACCAAUCUCCUAACGAAAAAAGGAAAAAGACUGGACAUAAUUAGCCGAGGAGAUCUAAGAUUAACCCUUACAAGGUUGACGCCAAAUGUUGUUAUUGCUUAUGUUAUUUUAUUUAUAGUUUAUUCUAUGUUUAUUGGUGUCUGACCAGUAAAUGCCCGCAUUGGGAAUAAGUGCCCGCAUUGUUUUUUUUAAAGAACCCCCCUUUAUAGAAAAUAUUUUUUUUUAAAUUAUUCCGAAAAUUCAAGGAUAGGUACACACUAAAAUUCGUUAAUUUUUUGCCUAUUUUUAGAUACCUUGAACGUAUAAAAAGCGGAAUUUAAUCAAACCAAC